UGAAUCUCAGAUUACAUUUCUCAACGAGUCCCUACAUCAAGACGGGUCACGUCAGAAAACCUCUCCGCUUUUAAGCGAUUUGAAGCAUUUUUCUCAGCCAAAGCUACGUAAAACCAAUCUGCAAACAUGCGUGAAUGUAUCUCAGUCCACGUCGGCCAGGCCGGAGUCCAGAUGGGCAAUGCCUGCUGGGAGCUGUACUGCCUGGAGCACGGCAUCCAACCUGAUGGUCAGAUGCCAAGUGACAAGACCAUCGGAGGUGGUGACGACUCCUUCAACACCUUUUUCAGCGAGACUGGUGCCGGCAAGCAUGUCCCUCGUGCCGUUUUUGUUGAUCUUGAACCUACUGUUGUCGAUGAGGUUCGUACCGGCACCUACCGCCAGCUCUUCCAUCCUGAGCAGCUGAUCACAGGCAAGGAAGAUGCCGCCAACAACUAUGCCAGGGGUCACUACACUGUGGGCAAAGAACUUAUUGAUCUUGUCCUCGACAGGAUCCGCAAAUUGGCUGAUCAGUGCACGGGCCUGCAGGGUUUCCUCAUCUUCCACAGCUUCGGUGGAGGCACCGGCUCUGGCUUCACAUCCCUGUUGAUGGAGCGUCUCUCCGUCGACUACGGCAAGAAGUCCAAGUUGGAGUUUGCCAUCUACCCAGCUCCUCAGAUCUCUACAGCGGUCGUGGAGCCAUACAACUCCAUUCUGACCACCCACACCACCCUGGAGCACUCCGACUGCGCCUUCAUGGUCGACAACGAGGCCAUCUACGACAUCUGUCGUCGCAACCUUGACAUCGAGCGUCCGACUUACACCAACCUCAACCGUCUGAUUGGUCAGAUUGUGUCCUCCAUCACUGCCUCCCUCCGCUUUGAUGGUGCCUUGAAUGUCGACCUGACCGAGUUCCAGACCAACUUGGUGCCCUACCCACGUAUCCACUUCCCCUUGGCCACCUACGCUCCUGUCAUCUCUGCUGAGAAGGCUUACCAUGAGCAGCUGACCGUUGCUGAGGUCACCAAUGCCUGCUUCGAGCCAGCCAACCAGAUGGUGAAGUGUGAUCCUCGUCACGGCAAGUACAUGGCCUGCUGUCUGCUCUACCGUGGUGAUGUUGUCCCCAAGGAUGUCAACGCAGCCAUAGCAACCAUCAAGACCAAACGCACCAUCCAGUUCGUCGAUUGGUGUCCAACUGGCUUCAAGGUGGGCAUCAACUACCAGCCACCCACCGUCGUGCCUGGCGGUGAUCUGGCCAAGGUGCAGCGUGCCGUCUGCAUGCUGAGCAACACCACAGCCAUCGCCGAGGCCUGGGCUCGUCUGGAUCACAAGUUCGAUCUGAUGUACGCCAAGCGUGCCUUCGUCCACUGGUACGUGGGAGAGGGUAUGGAGGAGGGCGAGUUCUCUGAGGCUCGUGAGGAUCUGGCAGCCUUGGAGAAGGAUUACGAGGAGGUCGGGUUGGAUUCUGCUGACGGAGAGCAAGAGGAAGAGGGGGAGGAAUACUAAUCUCCUCUUCAUUUGAAGCUCUUGACGGCUGAAUCACUAUUGCUUCACACAAUAUAAUGAAACCACCUUUUAUGUACUACCAUUGACUUCAACCUUGCACCUUGUGAAUUCAAUACAGAUUCACAACCAAAUUCCUAAUCUCAUUUCAAAUUGGGUUGACAAAAUUCUCGAUUUAGAAAAAGAAACAGGUCAAAAAUAUUCCAGAAUCUAAACCCUAGUGCUAAUUUAAAUUUGCCAGUACGUGAGCCAAGGUAUGAGGAAGCUUUAGUAUUCGUAUGGAUUAGAUUUGUGAGUCCGUGAAAAAUUUGUUUAGGGCAUGAAAACGUCUUCCGUCCAGAAGCAGUUAUCUAGAUUAUAUCUGAUCACCUGCAUAAUAGGAACGACUGAUUUCCAUGUCCAUGAAGGGAAUAUUAAACAUUCAGUUGCAUUAAUAAUGCAACAUUCAGAGUUAUUUCCGUGGUCAUAGUUUGGUGAUCUCAUCACCCGUAUGAACGAUUCAAGACAACUUAAAUUUAAGGUCCAAGUUUGAAUAAAGCGAGUAAGGACAACAAUGCAUUUGUAAGGCAUGUCACAUCCAUCCCUUUUAUUUAAUAUGUUAAUUAAAAACUUUUUGUUGGUAUUCGAAGAAAGGGGUUUGAAAACACAAGAAGACAAAAGAUCUUGUAAAUCAAAUAAACCAUAACAAUCAACCGUCGA